AUGGCAGACGACGACGAAGGCAUCCCCCCGCCUCCGUUGCGCACUGAAGGUGGUGCGGCUAGUAAACGCAAACACCAAGAGAGCGCGACGACCGAGCAUGUCCAAGCACCCGGUGCCUCGCAGUCGCCUGGUGUUCAACAACCGCAGCCAUCCGACACGAUGCAUGAGACUCCCGCAUCUGCACCGACAAACCAGUCGCCUGCUGAAGGCAGUGCCUCUGCCCCUGGCGUCGCGUCUAGCGGAAGAGCAUCAAGACGACACAGACAGCUACUACCCCGCACCCCAGCUGAACCAACGCGGCGCAAGCCCACCGCAUCGGGCUCAAUUCUGCGCGGUAGCAAAGAGAAGCACACCAUCAAUGAACUCCAAGAAGCCUAUCCCGGCGCAUUUCGCCCACUCAAGCGAUCUAGCUUCCUCAAGAUCGUAAAUCUCGACUUUCGCAUGACGAACAUUAAGUGGAAGCCCGACCCGACCAAUCCAUCAGACGACGAGUUGAACAAGAUGAAGAACCGAAUCGAUCCCCUCAAUCGAAAGAUUUUCUUCGUAUUCUGCUCGAAUGCCUUGUCUGCAUGCGUUGCCCACACCGUCUUUCCUGAUGUUCCGACAACAAGCGAGACUUUUCUUAGUCUAUACAUCUAUACAAUGGAACGGUUUGGCACAUACAAGCAAGAGAUGUUGUGGAACCGAUUCUACAAGACAGUCAUUGGCUGGGUCAGGGAUUUCAAGUCAGACUUUCGAUUUCACAUCGAAUAUGCCGACCUCGACAAGGAUGGAUAUUUCUACGACCACGACGUCGAACAUACCAAGAAGUGGGCAUAUGCCAGGCUAGACGAGUCGCUGUUUUCCUACCUAUUCUCUUUCAUCACACCCUAUCUUGACUGGGAACAGAAUUUCACGGAUCGAAACUCCCUUCGAUUCUUUUUCCUCAAGAAGGUGUACAUCGAAACACUACGAGAGGUAGCCCAAGUCUACAUGCUUGAACAGAGGAACAUGAUCAAGCAUGGCCGUGGCAAUGUCAAAUUCGUGCACAAAUCAUCGAACUGGUUGAAGUUGAAGGAUCCUCGUGCAAAGGCCUCGUCUACAUUCGAAAAUCUGUCCGUUCACCCCGACUUUCGUAAAGUCGAAUUGAAUACGUUCAUUUGGCGCGAAAAUGUGCCUCUUUUGACACCAGCUGUCGAAGCUCAAUUCAAUCCUACCGCAUUCUGGGAGCAACAUGGCACAUCGCACUCCCCUCCUCCCGAGGCAUCAUCUCCAUCGAGUGACAGCAGCUCUCCGGAUGCAAUGCCUGUGGGAAGCGGUGCAUAUCUGGACCUUGCGACGACGACGACCAAUGUCGAGGAUGAUCUCUACGGAGUGUCAGAUGACGACGAAGUUAGAGGUGUCGAUGUUCCAGAUCCUUUCGAUGACGAGAUGUUUGUUCAACAGGACGAAUCCCAACCACAGCCACCCAAGCGAGCACGCUUCAAGUCGCCGACUCCGGACCCCCCGCCACCCGAGUCGUCCGGGAAAAAGCGACCGUUAGAAGCAUCGUCGCAGGGACAUUCACUGGUCAUAUCGAAGGAUCAGCACAGUGCAAUCAUGGCUUGGCUGAAUGAACAAAUGAUGGAUCCUGAAAUGAGACCACAAAAGACAAUGCUGCUCAAGCACAUUGAGGUGCUUCGAGACACGGCCCGCAAUUUCGACGAUUUCUUUAUGGGGUUGAAGCGCCAUGCACAGCACUUGAAGAACACUCCAUUCAAGCCCCCGCCGCCCGGAAAGACGAUGGAACUUCCACCGACUAAGCCGAUGACGAUUACACCAAUUCCCGCUCCCACAUUCCCGAUGCCAAAGCCUAAGACUGCUCCCGCUCCCGCUCCCAGCAUCGAAUCUAUCAAAGCGGUCAAGGAAACUCCAAUACCUCCUCCCAGUAUUGGACCAUACAAGCCAAAGGCGACCCCGGCUACCGAACUUCCUAUUGCCGACAAACCCAUCGCCGACAAACCCAUCGCCGACAAACCCAUCGCCGACAAGCUCCCGCGUAUCUUUGUCCCGUCGGCAAAAACCCCAGAAGAUCGAGCUAUUUUCAACAAAGUUGUAGCAGACAUCAAUGCCACCAAAAAGUUU